AGAGAGAUCCCCCUGUGCUUUUUUUUUAAUAUACAUCGAGAAGAAGGUUGUUCUUGGCCAAAGGAGAAGACAAAAUCUAAUGUCUUUAGGUUACGCACAGAAACUGUCCUUCAUUGAAGAUGUUGGUCAAGUCGGUAUGGCCGAGUUCUUCGACCCUUGUCAUGUUCUACAAUGCAAGAUCGAAGAACUUGCUAAGAUGAUUCAAAAGAGUAAGCAUCUAGUAGUCUUCACAGGUGCUGGCAUUUCAACUUCUUGUGGUAUUCCUGAUUUCCGAGGCCCUAAAGGAAUUUGGACGUUACAGCGCGAGGGUAAAGAUUUACCUAAAGCAUCUUUGCCAUUUCAUCGUGCAAUGCCGAGCAUGACUCACAUGGCUUUGGUUGAGUUAGAAAGAGCUGGCAUUUUGAAAUUUGUCAUCAGUCAGAAUGUGGAUGGCUUACAUCUUCGAUCUGGAAUACCAAGAGAGAAGCUUUCUGAACUGCAUGGAGACUCUUUUAUGGAGAUGUGUCCAUCAUGUGGAGCUGAGUACCUACGUGAUUUCGAGGUGGAAACUAUUGGAUUGAAAGAGACAUCAAGAAGGUGUUCUGUUCAAAAAUGUGGAGCUAAACUUAAAGAUUCGGUCUUGGACUGGGAGGAUGCUUUGCCUCCAAAAGAAAUUGAUCCUGCAGAGAAGCACUGCAAAAUGGCUGAUCUUGUACUCUGUUUGGGUACCAGUUUGCAGAUAACUCCUGCUUGCAAUUUGCCUCUCAAGUGUCUUAGAGGUGGAGGCAAGAUCGUGAUAGUUAAUCUUCAGAAAACCCCGAAGGACAAGAAAGCAGAUGUAGUGAUUCAUGGUCUUGUUGAUAAGGUGGUUGCAGGGGUUAUGGAAUCUCUCAACAUGAAGAUUCCUCCAUAUGUCAGAAUCGAUCUUUUCCAGAUAAUCCUAACUCAAGCUUUAAGCGGAGGCUUAAUGGCUCUCACUCACAUGUGUUUCAUUUGUGUUAUAGAUCAGAGGAUUCAACGGGAGAGAAUGGAGAGAUUAUUGACAAGGAGGCUGUGCUACUAAGUUUGAGAGAGAAAGCGGUUGCAGAAUCCUCUUGUGGGCAAACCGGUGUGGUUGAGAGAAGAGCGGUUUCUGAACCGAGAAGUGAGGCUAUUAAUGUGUAUGCUACUGUGGCCAGUCUCAGGAACUUUUCAUUGUCAACAAAUCUCUGCUUGCUAAUAAUGCAGACCUCAAAUGGAAGCUGGAAGGUUCUGGAGCAUCCCGUAAACGUUCUAGAAACGGAAAACGAAAAUCAAAGGCAGAGGACGAAGAUACAAAGGCAUAGAAAGAAGAAACGAAAAAGCGUUUGACUGCAACUUUCAGAUUGUAACUGCAGACCUUCCCAUUCCAUCAGCAGCUUCUCUAGUUCUCUUCAAACUACCCACUCAAAGUCCACGUCAGUAGCCUUCUUUUUACAGUGAAACACUAGACCAAGUGACCAACCGAAUCAUUCUUCUCUAAAACCGAUUGUGUUGAUACACCAAAUCGUAUCAAUCGGACGGUGUGUGGUUAUGCCUUGUAGUUGAAAAGGUUUGAAUACUUAAUUGUAAUUGAAAAUGUUUGAAAAUAUAAUAAUUAAUCUGACAGAUAUAUAUAUAUAUAUUAUUUUCUAGUUGGUGUUAACAGUUUUGACUAUUAAACUGAUAUGCAAGUUGCCAUUUGGAUCCUAUGGCGACUAUGGAAGAGUAGAAACCAUCUAGUGUUCCAACAAAAACACUUGACAUGGUAUUUGUCCCUGAAGAUGGCGAGGAAUGAUGUUUCAGAAUGGGAAACAGGGCAAGAAUACAUUCGGAGUUUAAAGAUGAACUACAGCCCUAGCUAGACAUACAAGUACUCAAGAUUUUUCUACAGAGAGAUGGAGCAAACCCCCUGCUGACUGGAUUAAGUGCAACUAUAUGAUGGUUCGUUUUCAUCACAUAAUCACCAAACAAAAGCUGGCUGGAUAUAUCGAGAUCAUGAAGGUGUAUAUAUAUAUAUGGGAGCAGGACAAUCACAUGGAUCAACAAUGACAUCGGCACUUGAGAGUGAACUACAAGCACUGCUCCUUGCAAUGCAGAACGCCUGGUCAAGAGGAUAUCAAGGAAUCAUUUAUGAAGGAGAUAACCAGGAUAUAAUAGCUCUUCUGGAAGGUACCAAACUCAACUUUGGAGUGUACAACUGGCUUCGAGACAUAAUACAUUGGAAAGGAAAAUUCAGAGAGGUAUUAUUCAAGUGGACAUCAAGGAAAUCAAAUCAACCUGCAGAUUUGUUGGCGAAAACACCAAUUCCACAUAAUACUACUUAUCAUUUUCCAUUUCUAUGUUCCAAGCUUCAUUGUAUCAGCCUUAGACUGUAACCUCUUACAAGCAAAUUAAAUCAAAGCAGAUGUUUAAAUAUAAAAAAAAAAAAACU